GGCUGUCCAGAUGUCUCCAGUUAAACAGCACACAGAUGAAUGCUGAGUUGGGUCCAUUAGUGUCUGCUGUGUGCUAACGAGAAUCACUUACACCCUCGCUUCAGCUCCGUGAUGGACGUUUAACUACCAUAACCUCUCUGGGCAAGGUUUGCGAUGGGAAACACAGACAGCCACAGCAGCUUUGUGUCUCCUGCCAAGCCGCCGUGUUCGCUCCGGCUCUCCUGCAGGAGGGAGGAGGCGCCGUCGGCUCGCAGCUGGUGGAGGAGCAGUAGUCAAGGCCGGAGCCGCGGGAGGAACUACCUGAAGCCGCAGGUUGCCGGGCCGCCGUACACAUCCUGGCAUUAUGAACACGCACCCACACAGGGAGCCACGCCUCCUCCAAGGUUUUUCACAGGAAGUACCGGGCAGUGCAUUGAGCGCACAUCUCUGCAGAGCGGCGGCGGCAGCCCCAAAGUGUUGCUUGGCAAAGACGGGAGCAUGAGGGUGGAGUUCACCAACACCAGAGGAGUGUCCUUGGAGAAGCAGGGGCUCCCCCCUGCCCCCGUUGCCCCGACAGCAGUCGAACCCUUGCUGCGAACCAGUAAAGGCAGCUCGCUCAGCUCUGACGGCUCCUGGUAUGACUCGCCGUGGGGGACGGCCGGCGAGCUGGCUGACAACGUGUUUGUCUGCGCGCCGAGCAGCGGCUACUCCUCCGCCCGCACAGAGGAAACUGCCAUCAGCAGCAGCUACAACACUGUCUUCUCCAAUCAGGUGGAUGUCUCACCUGGGUUUAACUCCAGCCUCCUGUUCCCCGCCGCCGCCGAGAGCAGCGAGUUCUCCGCUGCCUCCAUCGGCGGUGGCGCCGGCUACAACACCUGCUCCUCCGGGCGCACGGAGGACAGCGGCAUCGGAGACUCUGUGAUCCUGCCGGCCGACCUCAGAGACUUCAGCUCCACCUCACUGGACAGCGUUUACAACAACACGCAGCCCGCCUUCCCCACCGCACCGGACGCCACCUUCUGCUGCUCUGCGCCACGGCUGGAUGAUAUCGUCACAGAAGAGGAGGUUUCAGCUCGAGGAGGAGGCGUGGAGCAGCGGUACUCCUCACUGACGCUUCCCUGUCGCAGGGCUGAGUGUGUCAGCAACGCCGCCGGAAACAGCCGCAAAGACUUCCUAAAGAGUCGGAUCCGACAACUCAGCGACUGGACAGGAAGUCUGAGCAGGAAGAAGAGGAGGUUGCAGGAGUCGUAUGGCAGCGACAGCAGCGAUGUUUUCGCCGCCCAGCUGGACUCUGGGCCGGCUGGCUGCGGCCUGUUGUGGUCCUCCAACCCUCUCCACGCUCAGAACCAGAGCCAGAACCAGGUCCCAACUGGCCCCUGGGGCUCAUCCAGGAACCUCAACCAGACCCACAACCAGCGGCAGAACGUGUACGAGAACUUCAUGCAGGAGCUGGAGACGGGUGGCGGCAGCAGCGCCGCCGAUCGGACCGAGCCGUCGGACGGGGAGGGAGACGGGGAGGAGGGGGAGGAAGAGAUGGAGGGGGAGGAGGGGGGAGGCCGGCAACUGGACUUCCUGUUUGAGACGGAGCAGGGCGCGGUGCGGCGGGCCGGAUGGCUCUCUUUCAAAGCUCUCAUCACCGUCAGCAAAGACAGGAAGCUGGAGCUGGUGGCUCGCCGCAAGUGGAAGCACUACUGGGUCACUCUGAAAGGUUGCUCUCUGCUGUUUUAUGAGACCUACGGGAAAACACUUGGCGCUGAGCGGGAGCUUUCUCCGCGCUACGCCCUGCUAGCAGACGACAGCAUUGUCCAGGCCGUCCCGGAACAUCCCAAAAAGGAGCACGUCUUCUGUCUGAGCAACUCGCAUGGAGACGUCUACCUCUUCCAGGCCACCACGCAGACGGACCUGGAAAACUGGGUGACAGCAAUCCACUCGGCGAGCGCAGCUCUGCUGGCAAAGCGACGCGGGACGGAGGACACGCUGCGCCUGCUGCGCUGCCAGAGCGGCGCGCUGCUGCACAGCAUCGACAUGGACAGCAAGAUGAAGAAGAUGGCCGAGCUGCAGCUGUCCGUCAUCAGGGAGCCCAGGAACAGGAAGGCCGUAGAGAGCCAGAUCCAGCAGUGGGAGCAGAACCUGGAGAAGCUGAACCUGGAUCUCUUCCGUCUGCGCUGCUAUCUGUCCAGCCUGCAGGGCGGCGAGCUACCCAACCCCAAGAGCCUGCUCGCCGUCGCCAGCCGGCCCUCCAAGAGCAUGCUGGGACGGCUGGGCGUCUUCUCCGUGUCUUCCUUCCAUGCUCUGGUAUGCAGCAGAGACGAGGGGACGCUGCGGCGCCGCUGCCACACUCUGUCUGGAGGAAGCAGCCGGAGGCGGGGCCUGCCGUCCUCUCUGAGGGCGCUGGACGCAUCCAAGAGACGCAGCAGGGACGCCAGACACUCCACGACCCAGCAGAGACGUGAUGGUGAGACCUCUCAGAGGGAGGCGGCGCCCCCUGCAGGACGCCCUGAUGCUCUGCAGGUGUGUGAGGAGCCGCAGCUUCCAGGUGUUUUCACUCUGAACAUCUGUCGACUCGACGCGGCCAAAGACUUCGGGUUUGCGGUGAAGGGUCACGUGGACGGAGCAGGGAGGAGUUACGUGCACGUCACCGAGGUGGAGCCGCUGGGACUGUCUGCCAGAGAAGGCCUCAGGGCAGGGGACGAGGUUCUGGCGGUGAACGGGGCGGUGCUGUCAGGUCUGGACCUGGACCUGAUGCAGAGCGUCUUCAGCCACAGGAAGCUGCAGCUGCUGCUGCGGAGAGACGGGGUGCCCGGCCCCCCCGCUGACCACUGCCAGCCCCCGGACCCCCCCAGCUGGACCAACACUGGUUCUCCAGACGGUGCCCAUCUUCCUGUUUGUGACGUUUCAUCACACCGGUGUGAAGAUGGCGAGCUGCAGAGACAGGACGUGGAGCGCGUUCACACCCUGUACCAAACCUUCUCAGAGCGACGAGCGGCGGACAACGACGUUCUCAGGAACCCGUACAGCCAGGAGGCCGGCCCGCAGCCCGCCGGCCCUGCGAGCCCCGCCCACCUGAGCGUGUGUCAGCGUCUGCGCCGAGUCAUCGAGGAACUGGUCGACACCGAGAAGUCCUACGUCAACGAUCUGGUGUGUCUGUUUGACAUCUAUCUGACACCGCUGCAGAAGGAGACCUUCCUCAGUAAAGAAGAGAUGGAGGCGUUGUUCGGCAGCCUGCCUGAGAUGUUGGACUUUCAGAGAGUAUUUCUGCAGACGCUGGAGGAGAGGAUUGCCUCCUGCCCCAACUUCAGCCACUUGGAAACCCCUGCACAAUUUAAGGAACUCCUUUUCUCAUUGGGCGGGUCAUUUCUCUACUACGCCGACCACUUCAAGCACUACAGCGGCUUCUGUGCCAACCACAUCAAAGUCCAGAAGGUUCUGGAGAGAGCGAAGACAGACGCCGCCUUCAAGCACUUCCUGGAGGCGAGGAAUCCAACCAAUCAGCAUUCGUCGUCUCUGGAGUCGUACCUUAUCAAACCUGUUCAGAGAGUCCUGAAGUACCCGCUGCUGCUGAGAGAGCUGGUGUCUCUGACCGACCCCAAGAGCCCAGAGCACACUCAUCUGACAGAGGCGCUGAGAGCAAUGGAGAAGGUGGCAACUCACAUCAACGAGAUGCAGAAGAUCUACGAGGAUUAUGGCUGCGUGUUCGACCAGCUGGCCGCCGAGCAGAGCGCGCCUGACAAACAGGUGACCGAGAUCUCCAUGGGCGAGUUCCUGGUCCAUUCGUCGGUGGUUUGGUUGAACCCGUUGCCCUCUUUGGGACGCCUGAGGAAAGAACCGGAGCUCACGCUGUUCGUGUUUAAACGGGCCGUCAUCCUGGUGUACCGGGAGAACGGCAAGCUGAAGAAGAGGAUGACUGGGUCUCGCUCAGCUGAUCUGGACCCCUUCAGGUUCCGCUGGUUAAUCCCAAUUUCAGCAGUUCAGGUCCGACCGGCCAACAUCACAGGCUCGGAGAACCAGUGUGUGUGGGAGCUCGUUCACAGCCGGUCGGAGGUCGAAGGACGACCAGAGACGGUGUUCCAGCUCUGCAGCAGUGGUUUGGACACGAAGGCAAGCGUGCUGCGAGCUCUGCGUGUCCUCCUCCGAGAGCGAGCGCCCUCCGGCUCCCUGAGGAGGAUGCGGCUGUCAACGGCAGAGAGGAGGAGGCCGCAGCGAUGUCGUUCCGACACCCUGGGGGCGACUCAUCGUCAUCAUCAGCGGGCGGAGGAAAGCUGCAGCCCCGACGGCCACUCCGUUCUGGGAGAAACCUGCUCGGAGCCUCUGCUGCCGAGCCGCACCGCCGCAGCCGCCAACCCUGCAGGGAAGAGGACGAGACUCCGCUCGCUGACCGGCGAGCUGGAGGCGCAGCUGCAGAGGCUCAACUUCACCGAGGAGGACACGGAGCGAGGAGCCGCGGCGCUAGACUCUCAGAGUGGCAGGCAGAGACGGAGCUCCAGUCUGCACCGAAGCCCUGGGGGCGAAGGGCUAGACUUCAGCAGCCCGCUGGAGAGAGACUUCAGCGUACAGAGCAUGACCUCCAUGAUCAACGAGGACUGUUUCUACGACAGUGGGCUGGGGAUGCAGAAUGCUGCUUUUCACACGCUACAGAGCUAACAUGCUAACAAUAG